UCUGAGCAGCAACUAAGUUAAAACCGCUCUCUGAGGAGCAACUUUCCAAGUAGGUUAUUCACACAGAGAACCACUGAAGAUUUGAGUGUGAGCAUCAGCAUUCACUUGAUACAUUUGGAGGAGCUGGAUACCACCUCUGACUCUCACUGGACUCGUUCUAACGGAGUUUUGCGCGUGGACGACGUCUUGUUACCUGUCCCAUUCAUCAGAGCGCAGUUCUGUUCUCUGCAGCGUGCCCAGGGCGGUUUGAAUCCAGCACAAGACUUCAGCAUCCGAACCCAGAGGUCUGAACAUGAGAGCCCCGUUGAUCUUGGCGACUGUGCUCUUCACCCUGGCAGUGGUGUCAGAGGCCAGACCAAAAAAAGCAGCCGCUAAGGAGAAGUGCAAGUCUGGGCCAGUGGAUCUCGUCUUCAUCAUUGAUAGCUCGCGCAGUGUGCGCCCCCACGAGUUCGAGACCAUGCGCAAGUUCAUGAUCGACAUCAUCCACGAGAUGGACAUCGGGGCGGCCGCCACACGCGUGGGAGUGGUGCAGUACUCCAGCCAGGUUCAGAACGUCUUCUCGCUGAAGACACACACCCGCCUCCCGGGCAUGGUGAAGGCCAUCAACGAGAUCAUCCCGCUGGCGCAGGGCACCAUGACUGGCCUGGCCAUCCGCUACGCCAUGAACGUGGCCUUCUCCGCUGAGGAGGGCGCCCGGCCCGAUGUUCCCCACGUGGCCGUCAUCGUGACCGACGGGCGUCCUCAGGACCGCGUGGCGGAGGUGGCCGCAGCCGCCCGAGAGUCGGGUAUUGAGAUUUAUGCCGUGGGCGUGGCAAGGGCUGACAUGACCUCCCUGCGAGCUAUGGCUUCUCCUCCAUUUGAGGACCACGUCUUCCUGGUUGAGAGCUUCGACCUCAUCCAUCAGUUUGGCCUGCAGUUCCAAGACAAACUUUGUGGAAUGGAUCUGUGCUUGGACUCUGACCGUGGCUGUGAGCAGAUCUGUGAGAGUUCACCAGGCUCCUACCAUUGUCUGUGCAUGCCAGGCUACACACUGAAUGAGGAUGGCAAGACCUGUACACCAAUUGACCUUUGUGCUGAGGGGAAACACGACUGUGAGCAGAUCUGCAACCCCACGACUGGUGAAUUCACAUGCUCCUGCAACCCUGGAUACACUCUGAACAAGGACGAGAAGACGUGCACAAUGAUUGACCUUUGUGCUGAGGGCAAACAUGAUUGUGAGCAGAUCUGCAACCCCACGCCUGGUGAAUUCACAUGUGCCUGCGACAAAGGGUUCACCCUGAAUGAGGAUGACAAGACUUGCACAAUGAUUGACCUUUGUGCUGAGGGCAAACAUGAUUGUGAGCAGAUCUGCAACCCCACGCCUGGUGAAUUCACAUGUGCCUGCAACAAAGGGUUCACCCUAAAUGAGGACGACAAGACUUGCACAAUGAUUGACCUUUGUGCUGAGGGCAAACAUGAUUGUGAGCAGAUCUGCAACCCCACGCCUGGUGAAUUCACAUGUGCCUGCAACAAAGGGUUCACCCUGAAUGAGGACGACAAGACUUGUACAAUGAUUGACCUUUGUGCUGAGGGCAAACAUGAUUGUGAGCAGAUCUGCAACCCCACGCCUGGUGAAUUCACAUGUGCCUGCAACAAAGGGUUCACCCUGAAUGAGGACGACAAGACUUGCACAAUGAUUGACCUUUGUGCUGAGGGCAAACAUGAUUGUGAGCAGAUCUGCUACCCCACGCCUGGUGAAUUCACAUGUGCCUGCAACUUUGGAUUCACCCUAAAUGAGGACGACAAGACUUGCACAAUGAUUGACCUUUGUGCUGAGGGCAAACAUGAUUGUGAGCAGAUCUGCAACCCCACGCCUGGUGAAUUCACAUGUGCCUGCGACAAAGGGUUCACCCUGAAUGAGGACGACAAGACUUGCACAAUGAUUGACCUUUGUGCUGAGGGCAAACAUGAUUGUGAGCAGAUCUGCAACCCCACGCCUGGUGAAUUCACAUGUGCCUGCAACAAAGGGUUUACCCUGAACGAGGACGACAAGACAUGCACAAUGAUUGACCUUUGUGCUGAGGGCAAACAUGAUUGUGAGCAGAUCUGCUACCCCACGCCUGGUGAAUUCACAUGUGCCUGCGACUUUGGAUUCACCCUAAAUGAGGACGAAAAGACUUGCACAAUGAUUGACCUUUGUGCUGAGGGCAAACAUGAUUGUGAGCAGAUCUGCAACCCCACGCCUGGUGAAUUCACAUGUGCCUGCAACAAAGGGUUCACCCUGAAUGAGGACGACAAGACUUGCACAAUGAUUGACCUUUGUGCUGAGGGCAAACAUGAUUGUGAGCAGAUCUGCAACCCCACGCCUGGUGAAUUCACAUGUGCCUGCAACAAAGGGUUCACCCUAAAUGAGGACGAGAAGACUUGCACAAUGAUUGACCUUUGUGCUGAGGGCAAACAUGAUUGUGAGCAGAUCUGCAACCCCACGCCUGGUGAAUUCACAUGUGCCUGCAACAAAGGGUACAACCUGAAUAAGGACGAGAAGACCUGCACAAUGAUCAACUACUGCUCAUUUGGAAAUCACAGUUGUCAACAUGAGUGUGUCAGUGUGCUCAACGGUUAUUUCUGCCGCUGCAAUGAAGGAUACACUCUGCAGGAGGAUGGCAAGACCUGCAUCCCUGAUAACCUGUGUAACACAGUGGAGCAUGGCUGUGAGUUCCAGUGCGUCAGCACACCAGGGUCCUACUUCUGCAUCUGCCCUGAGGGCCAGCUUCUGCAAGACGAUGGCAAGACCUGUGGAACCUGCAGGUCGGCCAUCAUUGACUUGGUGCUCCUGAUCGAUGGGUCUAAGAGCGUACGGCCGCAGAACUUCGAACUGGUGAAGAAGUUUGUCAACCAGGUGGUGGACUCUCUGGAUGUGUCGGUGCGUGGCACACGGAUCGGCCUGGUGCAGUAUUCCAGCCGCGUGCGCACAGAGUUCCCCCUCAACAUGUACCAGACGGCUGACGAGAUCAAGACUGCAGUCAUGAAUGUCCAGUACAUGGAGAAGGGCACCAUGACGGGCCUGGCUCUCAAGCACAUGGUGGAGAACAGCUUCUCGGAGGCAGAGGGAGCUCGUGAUGCCAGCAGGAUCCCUCGCGUCGGACUGGUCUUCACUGACGGACGCUCUCAGGAUGACAUCACAGAGUGGGCUAAGAAAGCCAAGGACGCAGGUAUUACCAUGUAUGCUGUGGGUGUUGGGAAAGCUGUGGAGGAUGAGCUCCGUGAGAUCGCCUCAGACCCAGUAGACAAGCACUUCUUCUACAGUGCUGACUUCACUGCCAUCAAUCAGAUCGCAGAGAAUCUUAAACUCAAUGUCUGUGCAGAGGAGAGCCAAGGAGAGAUUGAAGUGAAGGACCCAUGUGCUUGUGAAAGCCUUGUUGAGUUCCAGCAGGCCACCAUGGCAGCCCUGGACCAGCUGAACCAGAAACUUUCUACGAUGACUGCCCGAUUGGAAGACCUGGAGAACCAGCUUCUGACCAGGAAAUAAGAAGGCCUUGUCCACCCCCAGACAAUCAGGAAAAUAGAAAGAAGGAGCUGGAGUUCCGUCAUAGUCACAGACAUACCCACUGCACUAAGGAGUCAAACUGUAUGACAGACGAAAUCAGGUUGAUCCCAACGUUAGUUCUGACUCCUGUGUUUAGCAGCAAGCUUUUUUGUUUUUCUGUGAUAUCACUGUCGCUUUCUUCUUUGUAUGUUCCUUGCAGACGUUCAGGAAGUGGGGUUGGGAGUGAUUGCCUAUGAAGGGCACUUCACAGCGAGGAGUGAAAAAGGUUGUUAUGGAGUAGUCUCCCUCAACCAUAUCCUAAGUACCAGUGCAUGUUCCCAUGCAGACUUACUAAAACAAAAAGACUGGAAGCUCAUUUAAAGCAACAGUAUCCAUGACCUUUGAACAUUAUUAUUUUUUUUAAUCCCCCAGAACAUUUACACCCAUAUUUCAUGGCACCCUAUUUAUACUUGAUCAAAGUUACAGUUUAUAGUUUUAAAAAGGUUUAUUAUGUGAAAUUGUUCAUCGGUGUGAGUCAUUUUGUGUGGAGACUAAGACGAGUUUGCAUUGUACCGCUCCAUGAUGUUUCCUCAGCCAUUCAAAUAUGCUGGAGAACAUUCCAUAGCUUGAUCAUCACAACAGUACUGUAUCAAUCUGUAUACCAAUAUUUUUAUUGUUUCUUCAAAAAAAACAAUCAAUUUAGGGCCUUAAAGAAAUUAGAACACUAAUGCUUCCAGGGACCAACAGAAGUACACACAUACACAUACAAAACCUAAAGCGUGUGAUGUAAAAUCAGACAGAAUAAUAUAGAGUAUAGGAAAUAUAUGCAGUUGUUCCCUGUAUAGACAUAAAAAUGUAUAAGUCAUUUUACUCACAUGAGCUCUUGGAAAUGGAGGCAUUACUAAAGAGAGAGAGAGAGAGAGAGAGAGAGAGAUAGAGAGAGAGAGAACUAAACCACCUAAAUCAUGAGGAUUGCUAGAACAGAAUGUGAAAUAGUUUGUGAGUGAGUGUCGAAAAUAUUAGGAGAGGAAAAUGAAGACCACCAGAAUGAGCAGCAUGCCCAGGUGUCCGUGCAGACCACUCUUUUUUAUUAAAUAAGGAACACUUUGCCAAAGGAGAAAACUGGCCUGCCUAUAUUUUUUGAGGCAUUGCCAUCGUUACGAAGAAGCAUUAUGUUCUUCUUCUUCUCCUUGUAUGAAAUGGUCACAGUGUAAAGCAAAAAAAAUAUCCCUGUUUUUGGUUAAUUGUACUUUUGUAUAUUUUAAUAUCCAUUUUUGUAAGUAUGAGGAUUCUCUAUAUUCUUACAACGGAUGAAAUAAAAAUUAAACUUUUAA